AAAUUUUGCGUGCUUUGUGACUGGGCUGAGGUUGAUAUAAAUAACGCACCUAUGGAAAGCAAUACUCAUCCACUAAUUUGGUUUUUUGUAUUACAAAAUUCGCAUGCAACAAAACUUGAUAAUUAAAAUUUAAUUAAGAAGAGAUGGUUGUUGGUGAAAUAGUGUUGAAUUCCGGCCAUAAGAUGCCGGCGCUGGGCUUCGGAACCGCCGCGCUUCCUGCGCCGACGAUGGACGAGCUCACAGCCAUCAUCGUCGACGGUAUCGCGGCCGGGUACCGCCACAUCGAUACUGCAGCCAUGUAUGGCAACGAGGAGGCGGUCGGGCUAGCGGUGGCGGAGGCGGUGGAGCGCGGCCUCAUCAAGAGCCGCGGAGAAGUCUUCGUUACGUCCAAGUUGAAUGUGAACGACAAUCAUCGUGAUCUUGUGCUUCCUGCACUCAACCAAACUCUUAGCAAGUUAAAGUUUGAUUAUGUGGAUCUCUACCUUAUACACUGGCCACUGAGAAUCAAGAAAGGUGGUGACGUGUACAAUCUGAGAGCAGAAGACUUGCUUCAUUUUGAUGUGAAAGGGAUUUGGGAAGCCAUGGAAGAGUGCUCUAAGUUGGGAUUGGCUAAGUCCAUUGGGGUCAGCAACUUCAGCUCUGCAAAACUCUCUAAAAUCUUGGAAUUUGCCACAAUUCCACCAUCAGUUAAUCAGGUGGAGAUGAAUGGCAGCAGCAAAAAGUGGUGCAAUUUUGCAAGGAGAAGAAUAUUCAUGUAUCGGCAUGGUCUCCUCUAGGAGCAAACGGUGCAUCUUGGGGAAGCCUGGCUGUUAUGGAAAGUCCAAUUCUCAAAGAAAUCGCAGCUUCCACAAACAAGGCAGUAGCACAGGUGGCAUUAAGAUGGAUAGUUGAAGAGGGUGCAACUCCCAUAGCUAAGAGCUUCAACAAAGAAAGGAUGAAACAAAAUAUUCAAGUUUUCAACUGGCAACUAAGUGCUCAAGAUAUUUGCAAAAUUCAAAAGAUUCCUCAAGGAAAAGGCUUCACAGGAGAUAUAUUUAUUAUUCAAGAUCAUGGGGAUUACAACUCAGUUGAGGAGCUUUGGGAUGGAGAAAUUUGACCAAACAUCCACAUUAUUCCAUUUCUUGUUAAAUAAUUUACUAAUUUCUUGGUACAUGUGUUCACACGUAAACUGAUAAAUGUUUUAACAUUCGCAUCAAUAUUACAAUGACACACAAGUCACAUGCAA